CUAUCGCGGCGGUGGGGCCUGUAGGAGGGGUCAGGGCAGCUGUCGCCACAAUGUGGAGCGUGUCCGUCGCGGGGAGGGCCGCGGGCCGGAGCUGGGGGGCGGCGCCGGGAGGGAACCCCCUCCAUCAGAUUCUCCGGAUGAAACCUUGGGAUUACAUUGGUAAUCGUCAUCAGCCUGUGGGGCUACAGAGCAAUUUUGUGACCUUCCUUGGCCUGACUGGAACGAGAAAGCCGAGGCAUGCGGUCAAAGGAACGUUCGCCACUUCACCGACGACGGUGGAUCCCAACGAAAUGAAAAAAUUCCAGAUACUGGCUCACAAAUGGUGGGACGAACAAGGAGCCUAUUCCCCUCUUCACUCUCUGAAUGACCUGAGAGUGCCCUUUAUUAGAGAUAAUCUCUUGAAAACGACUGCCAGUCAUCAGCCGGGAAGUCCUUUGUCGGGAAUGAAGAUUCUGGAUGUUGGCUGCGGUGGCGGAUUACUAAGCGAACCAUUAGGACGAUUGGGAGCCUUGGUGACUGGCAUUGAUCCCCUGGAAGACAGUGUGAAAACAGCCCAACAGCAUAAACGAUGUGAUCCGGUCUUAGACCAACAGAUACAGUACAGGGCGUGUUCGGUGGAGGAGAUUGCCGAAGAGUCCGCCGAAGCGUUUGAUGCCGUCGUGGCCUCGGAAGUUGUGGAACACGUGGGGGAUUUAGAAACCUUCAUAAAGUGCUGCCACCGUGUUUUAAAGCCCGGGGGCUCGCUCUUCAUCACCACCAUGAACAAAACGCCACUCUCCUACGUCCUGGGGAUCGUUUUCGCCGAGCAGAUCGCAGGCAUCGUGCCUAAGGGUACUCACGACUGGGAAAAGUUCGUUUCGCCUGAAGAACUAGAGAGCCGCCUGGAAGCCAAUGGGCUCCUGGUCCAGAACAUAACAGGAAUGCUGUAUAACCCACUCUCGGGCUACUGGAACUGGAUUCAGAACACCAGCCUGAACUACGCAGCUCAUGCCAUCAAGUCGGAGACUCAGGACUCGUCUGGAUUUCCCUCGGAGACGGAGGCAAAAGAGCACCAAGGGAGAACCGCCUCUAGCACGGAUGGCCACGGAGAGCCCCAGACCUAAAGGAACACACGUGGAGGUUUUUACAAGACAGAUACUUGCAAGGCUCUAAUUUAUAGAUCUACCUCCCCAAUGUCGUCUUCGUCUUCUCAGGAAGCAUCGUGUUUAAAGAGAAGGCCGAAGAACUGGCGUUUUAAAAAUCGAAUCACGUUAAGGUGUUAUCUGGGAGGAUUUGCAGUAAGACAUCGUCUAAAAAUAUAGUCUUUAUUUCAAGACAUUUGAUUCAAGUUUGCAAAUAAUGCAUAC